AUGCAGCAGGGGCCGUUGGAGGCAGCCGCGUCGUGCGUGCAGGAGCGCGCCGUGCGCGUGGCCGGGCUUAGCGGAUCGCGGGGUUAUGGUCUUCCCAGUGAGGGUCUUCACAAAAAUCUACAACCCACCCCUCAACCGAAGAACAAGGUGGAGGGUGGACUCCUUCUGAAUGUUGUAAUCAGCCAAGGUGCGGCCAUCUUCCAGCUGUUUCCCAGCAAAGAUAAGCCUCUGUUGGUCUGGUGGGAUACCCUCCUUGUGCUGGAUCUUUGCCUUGACAUUGUCAAUGGUAUCCGAACUCUCAACCUCUAG